AUGGAGAAGAAGAAGAAGGCGGCCGCAUCCAACUACCUCUGCUUCGCGAGCUUCACCGCAUGUAUCCCCUCCGCUAAGCAGCCGUCCGGCGGUGAAGGCAAGAACCGCCUCAGCUUCUCCUUCCCGGACAGCCUCGCCGGCGGCGGCAAGGACCGGCGUCGUCAGCAGCAAACGGAGGAGCAGAACUCCGAGAGCAUCAUCGACCCGGCUGCCUCGGUCAUCACGCGGAGGGACGGGACGCACUGCGCCGUCAUCGUCGGCACCAUCUUCGGCCGCCGCGGCGGCCGCGUCACCUUCUGCGUGCAGCGCGACGCCGCCGUGCCGCCGCCCUUCCUCUUCGAGCUCCCCGUCCUGAUGCAGUCCCUUGCCGCCGAGAUGGGCUCCGGCCUCCUCCGCAUAGCGCUCGAGUGCCACCGCCCCAGCAGCGCAGGCGGCAAGGCCGUCGUCGGUGGCGGUGCAGCUGACGUCGACGCCGCGGCUGCGGCUGCGGGCGGCGGCUCGCGGAGCGUCUGGAAGGCGUCCUGCAACGGGCGGGACGUGGGGUACGCCGCGCGGCGGCGGCCCACCGACUACGACCGCCACGUGCUGGAGAGCAUGAGGACGACGACGACCGGCGUCGGGGUGCUAUCGCCAUCGGGGUUCAGCGAGGGUGCGCAGGGGGACGCCGGCGGCGAGGAUGUGCUGUACAUGAGGGCGACGUACGAGAGAAUCGUGGGCUCGAAGGACGCCGUGUCGUACCACCUCAUCAGUCCUCCCGGCGCCGCCGGCGGCAGCCCGCCGCAGGAGCUCAGUGUCUUCUUGCUUCGGACCCGAGGUGAUUGA